AUGUCACCACAACUAAAACCCAAGCGUUCAUUUGGAAGGCUUAACAAGGCAAACCAACGUGAAGAUGACGGCGACCAUAUUGAUUCGAAAAAGCUAUUUUGCAGCACUGGGAAUCCUAUAACCUUCUACAUAAAACAUGCUGUGCCAGAGCGGGCGAUGCUUCUUAAUCUAAUCGAGUCACAUGGCGGAAAAGUGGUUGAAAAUUUUAAAGAGGCGGAAUUUGUACUUGGUGAUCCCAACAAGACGCAACGUUUCGUUAGCGGGAUACGGCAUAUGUAUUCUUAUAAGCUUGUAAUGGAUUCAAUCAAAGCAAACAAAUUUCAAAAAGCCGCAGAAUAUAAGUUACUCAUAACGGGUCAAAGAAAUGGACGAAGAUCCUAUACACAACAGGACGAUAAGUUUCUGGAGGAUUUUCUGAGGGGGAAAUCGGAUGGGCUAAAAGGAAACAGAAUAUAUAAAGAGUUAGAACAAAUGAACGAUAGCCACCCGUGGCAAUCUUGGCGUAAUCGGGCAGAGCUUGUUGUUAUGCCUAAUAUGGAGAUACAGCGAAAUCGAAGAAACCAAAGUGAAGUUGAACCAUCAACGAACACAUCUAAUGUUUCAGAGUACACUGAAAGUCCAUUUUUUACUGAUAUUGAUGAUCAGGCGACUGAACAAGUAUUAAACAAAUUCCUGGAAAAAACAAAGGAAAAUGAAAUUGUGAUUGAUCUUUCUGAGGAAGAAGAUAAUUGUAUACCCGAAGUUGAAAACGAGACGAAUCGUCAGAAGGCAGCGGAAGAUGGUAAUAAUGUAGGAAGCACUAAAGCUAGUCUACAAGCAACUUCGGGUCAGGAAGAGCUUAGUACAACUCAAAUACCAAAGGGUGAUGUUACCAAGACUCCGGUGAAAUCAAGUUCCAGAAUAACCCCAAGGAAAGGGAUGAGAUAUGAAGAUGCAUUGGGUUCCUAUGGUUCUUCUUUAUCUACGUUAGGGAAGAGAAGCCAGGUUGUUGAUGAGGAUGAAUUAUACGAUUCUUCAGAAAACCCACGGCAUAAACCAUUUACGAGUCGGAGUAGUCAAGACCUUUCUCUUCCAAUUGAGAAUGAUAUAAUUUUAUUGGAUUCACCUAAAGCUACUUGGCCUGAAUCACCUAAUGGUCGCACCAAUGAAGUUCAAGAACGGAUUGAAGAAGCAGAAGUAGAAACCCCUUGUCCUGUUUCCUUAGUGCGUCUCGGUAAAAGACGUCAGAUUCCAAGUGAUGUUGACACUCCUACCAAGUCACAAUCAAAGCGCCUGAGGUUAUCACUAUCGCCGAUUAGACAAAUUUCAUCCCCCUUCAAGGCUUCUAGUUUUCCAAUUAAAUCGACUAACGUGUGCAAUGAUGGUGAUGAGAAAGAAUUUUUAUCAAAGGUUAAAGAAAUUUCCGAAAUUACUCAUCGUCCAUUGACAGCGGUAAUCCAAGCUUUAGGAGAGACUACUUGUAAUUUUGAAGUGGCUAAAGAUUUCCUUCUCAAUGGAAAAACAUUAAACAAUGCUAAAUAUAUUUGGACAAGCGAGGAGGAUGCGAUUCUCACUUCUAGUACUUCGGAUAAGAACAAGGUCAGAGAAAUUGUUGACAAACACGGGACCAAUGUGACAAAGGAUAGGAUUGACUUUCUUAAAACUUACAUUACGCAUCACUGA